AUGACUAGUGCUAUUCAUACACUCUACAACAGUCUGACACGACGAAAAACGUUCGAAGCAGAAACCUUGCAUGCUUCUCAAUUGAAGCGAUGCUUAACUUUAUUUGACUUAACUAUUUUGGGUAUUAGUUCAACAUUGGGAACAGGCACAUAUAUUCUUACUGGUCAAGUUGCUCAUGAAACGGCAGGACCAUCUGUGAUUCUUAGUUUUCUCAUCGCAGCUGUUGCAUCUGUACUUGCCGGACUUUGCUAUGCAGAAUUUGGUGCACGGACACCACGUGCUGGAAGUGCCUAUACAUAUACAUACGUCAGCGUUGGAGAACUUAUGGCUUUCAUUAUCGGUUGGAAUAUGAUUUUAGAAUAUGUGAUAGGUGCUGCGAGCACAGCUCGUGCAUUAAGUUCAUAUUUCGAUUCCUUGAUUGAUUUUACUCUAAGAGAAUACUUUACUCAACAUUUUCCAUUACAUGCGGGAAUGUUCUCAGCAUAUGCCGAUCUAUUAGCAAUGAGCUUUUGUCUUCUUAUCACAGUUCUUCUGGUCAUUGGAAUCAAAGAAUCCGCUGUCUUGAAUAAUCUUCUUACAGCUGUGAACCUCACUGUGAUUUGUCUUGUCAUUGUUGUCGGUUUAACGAAAAUUCAUGGACAUUAUUGGAAUAUAUCGCCUGAUGAAGUUCAUAAUAUAACAAAUAGCACUGGAAAAAUUGGUGACGGUGGAUUCUUUCCUUUUGGAUUUGAAGGAACAUUAGCUGGUGCAGCGACAUGUUUCUAUGCGUUUGUUGGUUUUGAUCUUGUGGCUGCGACAGGUGAAGAGGCUAAAAAUCCACAACGAGCAAUUCCAAUAUCAAUUUGUUUGACUCUGCUUGUCUGCUCGAUUCUCUACUGCGGAGUGUCCAUAGUCGUCACAUUAAUGGUUCCGUACUAUCUCAUCGAUCCUGAUGCUGUUUUACCCGAAGCAUUUCGUUAUGUAAAUCUACCUGCUUUUAAAUAUAUCAUUGGCGCUGGUGCAUUGAGCGGCAUUUUCUGUUCUCUUCUUGGUGCUCUUUUACCACUUCCGCGUGUGCUAUAUGCCAUAGCGUCAGAUGGACUAAUCUUUCGCUUUAUAGCUUGGAUACAUCCACGCUUGCAGACGCCAAUAGUCGCAACUAUUUUCGGUGGAGUUGCAGCAGCAAUCAUGGCAUUAGUAUUCGAUUUGCAAAAACUAGUUGAAAUGAUGUCCAUUGGAACAUUACUUGCCUAUUCUCUUGUAUCAAUAUCGGUGCUGUAUCUUCGUUACCAGCCCUCAGAAGAGUCAAUAUUGCAAACGGAAGAUCGAAUCGCCGAAUCGUUCUACGUUAGAUUAUUCAAACCAUCGGCAAUACGUCCAACAAAGGACACAGCAACUGUGACGAGAUAUCUCAUUGUUUCCUUGGCCAUCAAUGGUUUCCUUCUUUGUGCAAUACAAAUUUUCGCUAGUGAUUAUAUAAUGCGAAAAAAUCCCCUGGUUCUCACUCUUUUCUUAAUUUGUAUUAUUUUGGAAAUAUUCUUCGUUAUUCUAAUAGCAAACCAACCUAAAAACUCGGCUUCACUUUACUUUCAAACUCCAUUAGUUCCUUAUGUACCUAUAUUAAGUGUACUGAUCAACACCUAUCUCAUUCUUAAAUUGUCGCCCGCAACAUGGAUACGAUUUGGUAUAUGGAUGUUUACUGGUUUUCUAAUUUACGGUUUCUACGGUUUCUGGCAUAGUUCUCAACGAUUCGAUGACGAUCGACGACCACUCAUAUCCGACCGGCAAUCGUCAUCAGAUAGCUCUUAA